AUGACAGCCCCUACCGGCAUCUCUCCGUCUGAGGACGACCUCAAGGGCGCACUCGUUGCCCUCAAAACCGCCAACCCGACGCUUGGCGUCCCCAAGAUCCACGCACUCCUCGUCGCAGAGCACCCAGAGUGGAUCGUGAGCGAGAAGCGCACGCGCAAGGUCUUGCAAAACCAAGGCUUGGUCCAGACGUUGAGCGCGAGCGGCGCCGCUUCCGGCCAGGUCCACCCAACCUCCAAGCUGAUCGAGGGCCUGGACGUCACCAAGUGGACGACGAAGGCGGAGGUGAAGUACUUCGGGAAGGCAAAGGGAAAAGGUCUCGUUGCGAAGGAGGCGAUCGCGGAGGGCGAGGUCAUCUGGAAGGAGGACCCGUUCAUCCUUGCACCCGAGUGGAAUCUAUAUGACCUUCAGAUGUCUUCGCACGCAUGCGGCCACUGCUCGACCCCGCUCACUACCUCGCCCCUCAUCGUCCCUUGCUCCGCCUCCACGUCUUCUACCCCCUGCCCAGUGCGCUUCUGCAGCCGUCUCUGUCUGUCUCGCUCCGGUCGCACCCAUCCUCUCUUGUGCACUUCCCGAAACCCUGCGGCGGCUCCACUACUACACUUUGCGCGGAAGAACCAGUGGAUGGCGCUGCACGCGCUAGCGCAGAUGACCGCACGCGUGCUGCUAACCUUCCAGCAGGACGACAAGCUCUUCGCGGAGGACUGGGAGGUCGUGCGCUCCCUCGCGCAGCUGGGCAUGGAGGAGCGCGCGAAAGGCGGAUGGUGCAUGAGAGGGCAUAGGCUGGGCGCAGAGCCAGAUCGGGCGAUGUGGAAGAAGGCGCACAAGCUGUACGUGCAGGCGUUCCAGGAGCCCGCGACGGACGCUGAGAAGAAACGGCUGGCGAAGCUGCUGAAGAAACCUCUGCCGCAGGACGUCUCGGAUACCCUGUUCGACUACGAGGCGUUCCUGCGCGGACUGGGUCGGAUGAGUCUCAACCUUGAGGCUCAUGGCGGUCUAUAUGUGCUCCAUUCCCACUUGAACCAUAAUUGCGACCCCAACGUGUCCGUCCGACACCUCGACCAGCGCACUGCACUCUCCCGCAUCACUGUGAUCGCCCGACGGGACAUCGCACCAGGGGAGGAGCUCUUAGUCACGUACGUGAACCCCGAAUUAUCACUUGAGCAACGCAGGAGGGGCCUGAUGGAAUGGGGCUUCGGGAAAUGCGCAUGUGAGCGCUGUCGGAAGGAAGAGAAGGAGAAGAAGGAGAGCGGUGAUGCGGAGGAUGCGAACGAGGGCGGGGACAAGGCCGAUCUCGAGGCCGAGCUCAAGGCGGGUCUGGGGGUGAUGUGA